AUGCCAAAAGUCCUAAGGAAAGAACUUACUACACAAUGCCAAAGGUGUUCAAAGACAACACCAAAAAAUUCUUCAUAUAAUGCCAAAAGUGUCCAAGGAAAGAAUUAUCCACAUAAUGUUAAAGGUGUUCAAGAACAAACACCAAAAAAUUUACUACAUAAUGCCAAAAGUACCCAAGGAAAUAAUUCUCCACAUAUACCAAAA